UAAUAAACUGGAGGGUGGACGUGCCCCCUCUCUCUUCUCCUCUCCUCUCGCCUCCUCCUCCGCAGUGCACUUGCAGCUGAGCAGCACUCCGGACAGGACGGUCUUCUCCUCCUCCUCUUCCUCCUCCUCUUCUUCUUCUUCAUCUCUGUGUGUGUUGGUGGUGCUGAGGGGUGCACCGACAGUCGCAUCUGACUCCAGCCCAGAGGUCCCGGAAAGACGCGUGAUGGUGCGGACUCAUUGAUAAAAUCCGUGCCGCUGGAAUUAAAAUGAGCACUCCCGCUGAGCGGCUCUCCUCCUCCUCCUCCUCCUCCUCCUCCUCCUCCUCCACAUAGCGCUGCCUUCUCUGCACAAGAUCUGUUUUAUGUGACUCCAGCAGGCGACGCAGGAUGACUACUACCUUAUCGCUGGUGAUUUUGUGCGCUUUGGUGGUGUUAGUGUCGGCAUCUAAGACGGAGCGAGCGGUGCAGGUCCCCUGUGACUCCGGCCAGUACACCAGAAGUGGAGAAUGCUGCCAGGAGUGUCCGCCUGGAGAGGGAGUGGUGAAGGAAUGCGGCGCUAAGCAGACAGUUUGUGCCCAGUGUUCGGACAGUGAGACCUUCUCAGAGAACUACAGUCUCACAGAGAAAUGCAGUCCCUGCACUCAGUGUACCGGUCUGAUGCGGAUGGAGACACCCUGCACCGACUCCAACGAUGCCAUCUGCGUCUGCAACUACAACUAUUUCUUCGACAGGAAAUCAGACCAUUGUGAGCCAUGUACGGUGUGUCCGGCAGGCCAGGGUGUGUAUGCACACUGCGAACACGAUCACGACACGGUGUGUGAGGAGUGCGUGGACGAUACCUUCUCUGACCGGGAAAGCUCCCUCGACCCCUGCUUGCCCUGCACCAUCUGUGAUGAGGGCAUUGAGAUAGAGAUGUCUGUGUGCACACCAACCAGUGACUCUGUCUGUCACAAUCCUCUCCUCCCAACAUAUUUUGCUCCCACCUCCGAUAUGGGUCUGUCUCCACCAUCCUUCACCAAUUACUUUCUCCCUGAUGCCUCCGACAGCCAGUUGCCAGGAGGAGAGACGACCACAUCCAGUGCUGGAUCUCCUCGCUUCCUCGGCCAUGGGCUCAACGAAAACCUCAUCCCUAUCUACUGCUCCAUCCUGGCCGCUGUGGUUGUCGGCCUGGUCGCAUACAUUGUUUUUAAGAGGUGGAAUAGCUGCAAACAGAACAAGCAGGCAGCUAAUAACCGUGCGGCUACAAACAACCAGAUGGUGACACCGGAGGGAGAGAAGCUGCACAGCGACAGUGGCAUCUCAGUGGACAGUCAGAGUCUGCAGGAACAGCAGCAGCAGCAGCAGCAGCAGCAGCAGCAGCAGCAGCAGCAGCAGCAGGCUCAGGCUGAAGUCCAGGCUCAGCCAUCACACUCUCUCACACAGGAACAGAUAGUGGUGAGGGUGGAUGGCGGUCCCCAGCUCGACACGCCUCCCCCUGAAGUCUGAGGCAGAGGAGGAGGAAGAAGAGGAGGCAUCACAGCUGAAGGCAGGGAGAGUAGAGUGGGGACUUGAACCGUGGACCAAGAAGAAAGCAGGGGGGCCACAUGGGAAUGUAAAACUGACUCAGAUUCAUAUGUGAAGUGGCCACAGAGCAAAGACUUGACUUGUAUGGACCUCCCAGCACCUUUGGGCCACAGUUUGACUCUUCAUCCCCGCAUAUAGAGUCCAACUCUAUCAGUGUGCCUGGACACGACCUCUAUGGCAAUAUCAACCACUAUUUGUACCAAUGUCACUGCAGAUACAUAAUCCUAGAUAUAUGCCAGUGCAUCUCAUAUUAACUGACUAUUCCAGUAUCUAAUAUUGACAUAAUUCUCACUAACUGCCAACUUAGUAUCCUCUGCCCCUUUCUAAGCUUUCCAUUUUCCCUCUAAUUCCACAAUCACUAGCCAUUAAACGUAUGUGCCUGAAAGGUAAAUAGGCAGCGAGGUUCUCCAUUAUCUCCACUUUCUUUUUCCUCGCGCAUCAAAGAGACCUUUCUACUCUCACAUCUUCCUCUGUGGCGUCCCACUCUCGGUAAUCCUUUGUCUCUCUCUGUAGGAUUCACUCUAUUAGACCCCCGCCGUCAUCAGCGAUACAAAAAGCAGCUGGGGAGCCGUGAGUCACUCCCAACUUCAUCUGAAGUUUCUUGUUCUUUUAUCAUUUAAUCACAGAAACAUUUCAUGGCAUGUUGUCUUAUAAAAUGUGCGUCAUUGUUUGAGACUAGCUGCACCGACUGAUGCAAGUGACUCAUAUUUGGGAAGAAAGGUCAAUUGCUGUGUAGCCCGUUCGGUAAUCAACUAUUUUUCUUCCUGUACUCUGCAGUCUCCAUCCCCUCGCUCACAUAGACCCCUUCACAGCGCCUCCAGGGAUUGUGUUUCAGUAAUUUCAUGCUUAUAAUGUAACACACCCAAAUGUUUGUCUCCUGUUUGUGGUGCAUUACUUUCAUUUUGUGGCUUGAGUUACAUGGCUGAUUCAGCAGGGUGCCUCCACGGUCCUCUAUGGAGCCUGGAUGUGCAACAUGAGAGAAACAUCUUUAGACUGUGGAGCUCUGCUGACUCACUGUGAUGAGCUGACAUGUCUUAGGGGAAGCGAAGCCUUCUGAUGAGCAAAAAAGGAGCUGUGGCGUCAUCAGUGACCCAGUAUACUGAGCUGCUCAUUAAACAGAUGCUUAAAUGAAUUUUGUACAGAACAAAUUUGUGGAAAGGAAUCCCAUCUGUCAUUCUUUACACUUGCUGAGUGGAAAAUUGGGAUACCCCUCAGAGGCAAGGUUUUUUCACUAUCCUCAGCUGACUGACACCGCCAUCCUCCACACACUCUCACAGUCUUGCAUGCAGCUCUGUCUGCGUGAUAGAGCCUGAUGAACAGGGUUGAGGCGCUAAUGUACAAGCGUUGGCGCUCACGUCAACACUGGGCCCAUUAGAGAGAUGUCCUGACAGGCAGGUAGUAAUUACCUCAGGGUAUUAGCUUCAUUUACCCUCUACUCCGCUUGGCUCAGCCACUUCUCAUCGGGAUUAAUGCUGCGGACGACAGAGGGGCGACAUGGCUUUCUUUGAAUCCUCAACAUGACAUUACAGACCCCUUAUCAAAGUCCGAGGCCACUGACAUUUACUAUAUCGCCAUGGUGAUAUAAAAGCACUUAGCAGCAAGGCUGGGUGGCACCUCUUUAUCACACAGGACCACUUUUAUGUUUGUCCCCUGCUGCUUGCAGUAACUGUAAAAGCAGUCGACAUAGAUAUCUUGAAAAAGAAGUAUAUCGGAGCUGAGCUUGACUGCACUGCUUUAGUAUUCAUUCCUACAGGGGCACGUACUUUCUCAGGGUCCCUCUUGUUGUGGUAUGACUAAAAAGUAUCAAGAGAUCUGUAGAGGAUUUCUGUAAACAAUCUGUAGAUGUAUGAUAGAGUAGGUAGGUAGACAGGUACAGAUAUAAAGCAGCUGUUCUGUUGAAAAAAGAAAAUGUAGAAAGAUACGGGUUGAUAUGCAUAUUAACUAAUUCCAACAUGAUUCAGACACUGGGGGAUUUAAAAGAAAUAGUUAGACAGUUUGGGAAAAUACAUUUAUCACUUCUUGCAGAGACUUAGAUGAGAAGAUCAAUACCACACUCAUGUCUGUACAGUAGAUAUAAUGCUACUGCCAGCAGCACGACACAACACAUUGGGGUUUUUACAGGUUGGACUAUAAUCCCUGGACAAGUGGUAUCAAUCUUCUUGUGUAACUCCUGCAAAUAAAGCCAAGAAGUGUAAAACCUAUUACUUUACUGGAGAAAUAAGAUGUGUUUACUUGUUAGCAGAGACUGUUGAGUUUAGUGCGCAAAAGAUAGAUAAGAAAUGUCAGGCAGACAGAGAAAGUGAGUCAUUAUAUCCUGUGUGAUGCUGCGUGGAUCGGUCACAUGGUCACCAACAUCGCAAGACAAUUAAACUUUCUGGUAUCAUCACUUGUGAUUCAUCCUGUAUCAUGGCAGCGUUAUGAAUGGAAACAAAUAAAAUGCUGCUGUAUUUUUGCUCACAGCUCCUCAGUUGAUGUGGGCAUGCGAUGUGGACAUGUGACCACACACACACACACACACACACACACACACACACACACACAGAGCAACAGUGUAUGAUUCACUCCUCUAUUGAGAGAGCCGGCAUGAAUCAUCCUGAUCCUAGCUGUGGCAGUGACAUUAAAGCAGACGCUGCUACAGUAUGAGUGACCAGAGUGUUGAUUUAAAGGAAAAAAAAAAACAUAGUCCUCGACUCUGUCUCCCCCUGAGGCCCAAUCAGCCCUCCAGCAGUGCACUCAUCUACCCUGAACCGACUUAUUCUCUUUCUCCCUAGAAGCUUGUGAUGUGAGACACACAAUGUAAGAAUGUACAACCCGAAUAUAACAGAAAUAUGCAAGACACAUUCAAGGAUAAGGUUUAAAUUUCCCCUCAUUCUGUUUGUCGUAAAUUGUUUUUGUCUUUACAUUUUCCUGUUGGUUUAUAUUAUAAAUAGUAUUACACUUUUGAAAUCAGUAUUUUUUCUAACUGAUAUGUUAUUUUGUAGCACUUAUUAGAUGUUAUAUGAAUGCACUCAAAGAGUGUACCACAGUUCAAGUGCCUGUAUACAGUGUCAGGUGUCUUUAAGUUCAGAUGUUUGACUCUAUUUUUUUGCAGUUUUUCCACUUAUUUUAUGAUUUUAUGUGCAUUUCUUUUAUAUUUUGAGAGCUAAUGAAGGUUUUUAGUAAACAGAAGUCAGAGCUAUCGAUGAACCUUGGAGACUCAAGCAAACUGUAUAAACCUGGCACUAAAAUAGAGAGACUUACAGUACAAAUAGGUUACCAAUGAACCUACACUGUGUGUUAACAUGCUAUAAAUACUGGCAACUAGUAGGGUCAUGUAGCAUUACAAAAACAUAUACAUGUCACCUAAGACUUCUCCUCCAAACUCACAUAUGCUAUUAGUUGAUAGAGAUCAGCUUUACUGUGCAGAGGUUUUGCAUGUACAGUAAGUUUCAUUGUGUACCUCCAUUUCAGAGGCGACGGGACAUGUAAUAUGCCGUAACAUGAAAUCUAUAGGGGGGUUCACUGUGAUUCUCUGUGAUAUUAUUACAAACUUGAUACAGAUAGGUCAGGACCUGCUCCCGAAAAUGCUGAAUGUCACCUGUACUUACCUACUAAUGUAAAAUGCAUUGUGUAAAUGUGAAUUUCUUAGAGUUGAUACAAGAUACAAAAAUACACUAUAAAAUGUAAAAAAAAAAAAAAAAAAAAAAAUGUGUGCAAAUGAAAUGAGCAUCUAUAAUACAAUAAACAGGGAUGUCAUUGCA